AUCUCUCUCUCCUUCUUGGCUUUAUUUAUAGGGUUUAAGCGCAGCUUUCAAAUACCUAACCCUAACCCUAACCCUAGAAUCGUUGGUUAACAAUGGCUGACAACAUACCGGACGAAGUGGUGACGGAAAUUCUGGGAAGACUACCAGCGAGAACUCUUCUUCGAUUCAGGUGCGUAUAUAAAUCUUGGUGUUCUCUGAUCGGUAGUGAAAAUUUUGUUACCUUCUGGUUCAAUCUGACAAAACACAGCGUGAACAACAUGAACAACACUCACCUACUUCUCCUCAAGCACUACACUGAACAUGAUGAACUAGAACAUUUUUCUUUGCAUCUCGACGAUGAAUCAUUCACCACUGAGUACCCUUUGAAUCAAGGAAGUCAUCCAAUCGCGAGACUUGAUCCCUAUUUAACCAUGGUUGGUUAUUGCAAUGGCAUGGUAUGCAUUAUUGAUGACAUAAUGUACUUUUCGGAUCGUACUUUAUAUUUGUGGAACCCCAGUGUUAGAAAAUUUGUUCUACUCCCAAGACCUCGCAUCAUCACCGGUCGUUAUGAGCGUGUUCUUGGAUUCGGAUUCGGAUUCGAUUCCACAACUAAUGACUAUAAGGUGGUUAGAAUUGUUUAUUUACCUGGUGGUUAUAUAUCUGGUGGCACUGAGGAGGUUGACAUUUAUUCUCUUAAAGAGGGAGGUUGGAGAAGGAUUAGUGUUUCUGGUCCGGUACCUCGUAUUGAUUAUGAGGAGCAAUCUAAUGCCUACCUCAAUGGGGCUAUCCAUUGGAUUUAUAGAGGCUUGAAUUGACCGGGGUUCAUUGUUUUAUUCAAUUUGGGUACUGAAGUAUUCUAUAAGAUUGAGCUACCAACAAGUCUACCUCGUAUAAGACAAGCACGUAGCUUGUCUCUUGCGGUGUUUCAAGACUCGCUUUGUGUGUUCCACAGUGAUACUUACAAACGAAAAGCAUCAAUCUGGGUGAUGAAAGAAUAUGGUGUUGUGGAGUCGUGGACCAAUUUGUUUAAUCUUGAUUAUAGUAUAGAGUUUCCUCUGAGAGAAGAAUAUGGUGUUGCGGAGCCACGGGCUAAUUUGUUUAAUCUUAAUUUUAGUAAAAAAUCUAAAAUAUCUGCUCGGAGUGUUCGAGUUAUUGGGUUGAGGAGGAACGGUGAAGUUCUUUUGACAAAAGAUGAGGAGAUGAUUUCAGUUGACAUCAAGGCUCAAACAUUCAAAUAUCUCGGAAUCCGUGGAUAUGAUGCAGCAUUUUCUGUCAAUACUUACACAGAGAGCUUAGUCUUAAUUGACAAAGAAAAUGGAUUGCAAGAAAGAUGAGAGAAGGAGCAGACAAGAUAUAUGUUCCCACUUAUCAGAAUGUCAAACCAGUCUUGCAUCAAAAUACCUAUUUUAAGUGCCAGGGGAGUAUUAGCGACAAUUUCUAUGUUUGAUCUUAUUAUUAUUUGUUUUCAUAUUUAGACUGGGAUUCAGUUAACAUGAAAAUAGAAGAGAAAGGGGGAGAGAAAUUUGAUUUUGUGGUCAAAAUGAGACUACGCUACUCCUCCUAUAUAUAUACGGUCACUUUCUACUUUUUUUUUUUUUUUUUUUUUUUUCCACGAAGUCCCCUUUCUACUUAAAAUGUGAUAAAUGUCCAGAAUGCUACCAAACUCAUGUAAAUAAUGUAACACACCAUAAAAUGAAUGUCCAAAAUAAAAUAGACCAAGUUAUACCAAUAUAGUGCAUUAAGUGGGGAUGGUUGCAUAGUAGGAUGCAUUUAACACUUUAAAAUGAGUAUAUACUUGGCUCGACUUGAAUUGUAUUAUCUUCUUAGUGGGAAUGAUUUUAUGCUAUAGAAGUGGCUAGCAGGGAUAUAGACAGCCAUUUUGUUUGUCAUGGCUUUUAUUUGUCUUGUUGAACAUUUAUUUUGUUCAUAGUCAUACUCCCUUGCUUUUCUCUUCUUUUUUAUAUUUAUUUUUUUUAGUAACAUUUUCUGGCAUGAAUUUUUUGGGAGUUUUACCAAAUGUGUUCACUUUUUGACAUUCAAAAAGAAUGCCUUGAGCUGGAUUUUUGUGUCGUAUGUGCCUGGGUAAAAAGAAUUGCAUUUGGCUAUUCUACAUUCUAAAUUGGAUGUA